AUGAGCCUCGACAUUCCGAGUGGCGGCCGUUCGAUCUCACCAUCGAGCUCCGGGCGCGCCUCUCCAGUCCCGCGAAACACGCGUCGAGCGGUGGAGGGCGAUCUCUUCAGGGCCGAUAAGAGUCUACGCAGAUAUGGCGCCAACGUGGAACGGGCACUUGCGACUUGGGAGAUCUCGCCAGAGGAGUGGGCUGACUACAUUGCUUUUCUGGCACGACUGCUAAAGGCAAUCCAGACUCAUCCAAAAGAUGUCGGCCUUCUGCCUCACAGUACCGCAGUCGCCGCCCGGCUUGCGCAGUGUCUCAAUCCGGCCUUACCUUCAGGCGUGCACCAAAAAGCCUUGGAAGUGUACAACUACAUCUUCUCAACCUUUGGAGGCGAUUUCAUUUCUGCUCACCUCCACGAGCUGCUGCCUGGGCUGGCGUCCGUACUUUCGUUCGCUUCAUUAUCAGUGCGACCUGGGUUGUACGACAUUUUCGAGCAGCACGUGGUGGUAUUGCCUCCCGACGAGCUGCGACCUGCAUUGAAGUCGCUCAUAUUGGGAUUGCUUCCAGCACUGGAGGAAGGUCAAGGUGAAGACUUUGAACGAGCUUUUGGCGUUCUAAGCGCGCUGGAACAGUCAUUUGCAUCACACCAUGAAGACGCUUUCUCGAGCGACGACUCUGGCGGGUACUUCUGGCAGUGUCUGUUUCUGGGCGUCAUUACCAGUCCUGCGCGACGGCAGGGCGCCCUGAACUACCUGCUCAGGGCGUUGCCCACCUUUCCUGGUUCCGUAAGCAUAGUCGGAAGCGGUAGCAAGCCCGCAUCCAUGUCCAGAGAAGUGGAAUGUAUUGUGUCUCCAGAACCUGGCUUGCUCGUACGCUGUUUCGUAUGCGGCUUGUCCGACUCGCAAUUGUUGGUGCAAAGAGGCUUUCUGGAUCUGCUCGUGACGAACCUUCCUCUCAACUCGCUUGUCCUACAAGAACGUGCUGGGAACGAGAACCUCGAUCGAUUAGUCACUGCCGUCUCACAAGUCAGUUUGCGAAAGGAUAUGUCGCUGAAUAGACGGCUGUGGAGCUGGUUCCUUGGUCCCGAGCCCAAGGACAUUGCAGACAACAGCCAGCUUUCGUCGCUGAAUCUUGAACGCAACUUAUCUAACGACGCGACUACCACGACUCAGCAAGAUUACUUCCUCAAAUAUGGCCGAAAAAGCCUUGAACGUUGCUUGUUGGCAAUGCUGCAAACACCGAAUCAAGAUGUUGCAACGCGAGCACGCGCGUAUCGCGUCUGUUCCUCACUUAUGGACCGCUGGGAAAUUGGCGGCCAUUUGGUAACACGAAUCUUUCCUCCUGCCAUGCGAGCUUUGCAUGCUUAUGGCUUGACGGCAUCUGCUUCUCAGGUCGCAGAUGUCGUGAAAAGUGCAAGCACCUUCUUCGAUACUGUAGAAGCAAGCCUCAUUUUCAGCACGUUUAUCGAUAUCUUGCAGGACGCUCUUGAUCGUGGCUGCAGUGCUGAGCUCAAUCUAGAACUUGUGACGUGGGUGGUCGACACUUUCAACGUCAGGGAUGAGGAGAUGGUCGUGACCCAUAUCCCGACAAUGCUUGUUUACCUGGCCAGCAACAUGGUCUCGAGCGCGCAAAGUCCUGGAGUACAGUUACGAAUCAUGACACUCAUGUCCCGGCUGCUCGAUCUGAUACCUGUGCGAACACUGCAACCGUCCAGGCAAGGAACCGUCGGUCGCUCCGACACACCAGAUGCUGGCGACGUAGCCGAUGAGCAUAUACGGCAUACAGUCCUUGGAUUUUACCAGCAGGCCGGAGCGGCUGACCACAAGCACCCACCAUUCUCUGUCAACCACAUUAUAUCCCUGACAGGCUCUAGGGUGGCAUCGGUCGUUGGUAGCGCACUCGUAGUGGCCGAUUCUCAAAUAUACGUGCCGAGUGUAGCAUUGCUCCAAACUCUGCUCGACAAAGCGAGUAACAUUGACGUGCUUAGAUAUUCCGAUCUGUGCGAGAAACUGCAGAAUGUGACCGAACAACGUGCUUGGACCGCACAAGAUCUGUCAUUCCCAAUGAUUAGUGCGACGGUGUCGCUUAUAGCAUCUUUGCAUCCAGCCAAGCCGCAAAGUUGCCUUGACAGCGCAGUGCUCCAGGAGCUCGUGGCUGGCCUUGCUGCACAACUGUGGAACUACUUGUCGCCUGAGCAUCCGAAGUACCACGUUGAAGCGGUACGGGCAUUAUGGCAUCUUGAAGAGCUGAUCGCGCCUGAAGACGCGCUCAGAUCAUCGCUGACCAAAUUGACACGCGCACCCGCACCCGACGUUGGGCAAGCGGAGACAUUCAGGCGCUUUACCGUGCUUUGGAUACAUUCUGUGCCACCUUCCGGCCAGGAAACCACUUCAAAUCGACGGGCAAGCUCUAUGUCAGUCCUGGCUGGCAUGAGACACAGUGCAGACGCCAAAACAAUCCUUGAACCGUCACUGAUGCUGGCGCUCGACGCCUUAGACGACAUUACUGAGCCUGCGUUCGAGGUAAUCAAAAGCUGGCUACACAAUUUAACUACCCUAGAUCAGAUCCUCCAGCUGCUCUUUGCCAGACUCAAGAGAUGCUCUCUUGUUCAAAAAGAUUCGACUCCUGGGAUCUCCACUGCGCAGUACAAGCGUCAGCAAGCAGACCUUGUAAGAGAUCUGGAACAUGUUCUCCGUCAUUUCCAGGGAAUUCUUACCCAUGGCACCCAAUGGACCUGGCAAUGCCUAAGCAAGACAUCCAUAUCGACCCGGCCAGAGGACGAACACCAUAACGCCCUCUCGUUCCUUGCCGUGACCUGCAUAGAACUACUCUGCAACGAGCAGCACGACUCUCUCGCCGUGAACAGGCUGCUGUUGUCUAUGCUCGAUGCGAUGUUGCUGGGCCCUGCUGCGAUUGAGCUUCAGCCUUUGGAUCUGGACGCAAGUCUACUUGACAAACUCAUGAUCUGCAUCAACGGCGACAUGCAUACUCUCCAGGGUGGCUUACUCAAAUUGAUCAAGACAAGCCUGAAAUUACGUCUGCACAUCACUGCUGUGCCAACAGACGUGCACCCUCCUCCAUUGUCAACCUCGACCAAGGAAAAGAGACCUUCUCCCGCACCUUCCCCGCGGCCUUGGGCCUCCACGAAUGGAGCCGCUGCCAAGUCCGUAGUCAAGCAUCAUCCGCCGCAGCUCUUCGACUGUAUUAGGACCGGGUUCUCAAGUCCGCGAGCAAGAUAUCAUCUUGAUCUCUGGCUCGAUUUUUUGGCCGACAUUCUACCAAAUUUUGCCGACGCCAUUUUCUCCAAUCUGCUACCACUAGUUGGAACCUUUUGUCAGCAGCUUGAUCAAACACACGAUCAAUUGGCCGCCAUCUCGAGCACAAAAGAUCUUACUACUGUAGUCAUGCCAGAAGCUGUGAUCUCCAAUCUUCUAGGGGCCCUGGAGAUGAUUCUAGAUCACGCAUACCGAUGUCUUCUUUCCGAGACAGCAGAAGAUACGGCACCAAAAGACGUCGAGUCUCGUUCAUACUUCUUCACUAACGUCGCUACUGGCGUAUUCAAAUCAGAAGGUCCUCCAAGCAGAACAGCAACUGCAAAUAGUCGUCUGACAGUCAUACUUGUUCUCCAUGAUGCGAUACGCGUUGCUCUCAAAAUGUGGUUGUGGGCAAGCGAUACAAACAGCACAGCUCACGAUCAGAGCAGCGCGAGUACGACGGCCUAUAAUGCUUUCAAGGUACGCAACAAAAGCCGCCACAUCCUGGAGCAAAUCUUCGCCGUAGAACCGCUCGAAAGUCUGGAGGUCAUCAUGCUCCACUGGUGUGAUACGCAAACGGCCCACGAAGCCGCUUCGACGAUGAGCCUUCUGCAGAUAAUGCAAGUCUCGAAGCCCAAGCGUGUGAUCCCGGCGAUCCUUGAUGCGUUGUGUACUCGGACGAAUCCAACCUCAAUCCCGACGUCACGUCAUUCGAGCCUCACCAUCGACUUGAGCUCAGGAAAUGUAGCUACCUUCCUCUCGGCGUAUCUGGACUCGACUGAAGAUGAUGCCAUGGACGAAGUGUGGCCAAACUGCAUUUCUUUCCUUCGAGAUGUGCUCUCGAACCCACUGCCGCAUCGACAAGUCCUCUCGCAUCUCCUGUCUAUCAUUCUUUUACUUGCAGAGAAGCUCAGCAACACCAACUUUGGCGAGCAGAGGAAAAUGAGAAAAGAUCUGGGCGACAUUUUUCAGCGCCUCCUUACUGCCACAUUUACAGCCCUGCCGUCAGGGAGUAUUGCAGAGUAUGCUGUCGAUAACAUGCAACACGGUGACAAUGGAUACAGGCAGGCAGAAACGGAACAGGCCAUGGCUUUGUUGCCUGUGUUGAACCGCGUCACCGCCAAGAUCGACUUGAUCCUCGACACUCCGGAGAAGAUAGCGGCAGCGAUCAACAACAUAUCGCAGAGCCUGAUAGCGCCAAUUUUCAGGUCCCGUACUUUUCCCAAGAACGUGUCUGUAGAUGUGUUGCAGUUGGUUGUGGAGAUUUCGCGCAAGGGUCCUGCUAUGAAAACCUGGAAGAAGGAGGUCACGGAUGCCUUCAAUGACCCCAGGUUGUUUGCUUGUUCACCCGAGCUCAUGGCAGAUGGCUGGUUCCCUGCGCUACACCAGUGGUCACUUGAUGAUAAAGAACGCAUGCCCGAUCUCCUCAGCCGCCUGGCUCCGCCUUCUAGUGCCGGGAUCAUGUUUGGUGUCGGUGCGAGUGCUGCACGUCUCGAAGCAGAUCGCAAAACGCAGCUCAAUCUUCGCCGUAUGUGCCUGCUGUUCUUGGCUUCGCCCGAAGAUACAUAUAUGCCACACCUCAGAACAAUCGAGGAGAAGCUCUCGGAGCUUUUCGAGGCAAGCCCGGCAUCUUCGCCAUCGGCCACGAUCAAAGCUGAGCUCUUCAUGCUUUGCCGUGUACUGGCACUCUCCGUGAGUGCGAUGCAUUUAUCGCCGCUGUGGCCGAUUAUCAACGACAAACUUCAGGCGGUGCUCACGUCGCUGUUCCCGAGUCAUUCGACGGCACGUGAUUACAACAAUCUUACAUUGUUGCAAGCCUGCAAGCUGCUUGAUUUGCUCAUCACGUUGUCUCCAGACGAGUUUCAGCUGCACGAAUGGUUGUACAUCACGGACACGAUAGAUGCUGUCUACCAGCCUCUGGAGUGGAGCUCGGCGGCCCUAUCCGACCAGAUUGCUGAAGCACUGGGUUCGUCUAGCAUGGAAGAUAGCAUGACGGCAACGAGUAGCCUUGCGACGUCGGCAGGCAAGCGUGUGCCACUUCUUGGUGCUGAUUUGGGCGUCGACAAGGGUGAUGUCAAGGCCAUGGCGAGAGAGGACUUUACGCGAGCCGUUCUGCGCCCGUUUCUGAAUCAGUUGAGCAUUCAUGCAUAUGAGGGCGUAUAUAGCAUGGACGCACCCGACGUGGCGGCCUUGCGCCAGGACGUGCUGAACGACCUUCUCGAUGUGAGCACUAUGGUAGAGUAAGCUUAAUGAAGUUGAAGUGCACUCGACAGAUGCAUGUCUCAUUUCACUUUGAGCAACAUAUCAAAUAAUUCCUGGCACUUGCCGAGGCUUCAAAAUGAUGACUCCCUGGGCAGAUGACAGGGAAAAUGAC